AUGGCAGGACGUGGAACCCGCCGCCACUCUCCCAACCACCCGCUCUCCAUCGUGCUACUUUUCACUCCUUACCCGCCUUCCGCCUUUCACCGUGCCCCCCCUCUCCGCUCUGAUUUCAUGAGAGAGCGGCUGGUUUUGAUGUGCUCGUGCCCCCCCUUUUGUACAAUCCCCUCCCUCCCUUGCCCUCGACGCUCCUUUGUGCUUUCGCCCCCUUCUCCUUUCACAAUUCCUUUUGCCUCCUGCUCUGGAAUCUUCUACCCACCUGACUCGGAUUGCCGCCUAGGCUCCGAGUCUCUUAUUUGGGGAAUCUAUGGCCGCUGCCUAUGCCCCCUUGCCAUCGAGAAUGGCUCGCGCUUGCCUAACCACUCCUGGACUUCCAUUCUAGCUUCUAGAAGCUACGGUGCUGCCCCCACUUGCUGUGGCCUCCCACCUUUCGGACGUUCUAGCCUAGAUUCAUCACGCCAUCCCCCCCUCUCCCACUUUCCGUGCUCUUCCCCAUUACCCCGCCCCAGACACCCCCAGAUCUGCCGAGUCGCCCCACCCCUGAGUUGGGAAGUUAAAUACGCACGCCUCUUUGACACUUCUCAUCCUUCCUCCAGUUUUAUUCCCGCCCCCCUCAAUCCGUCCCUCAUGGCCCCCCCGACUCACAAUCCGGACGACGAAAUGUCCCUCGUUGACGAGGACCUCCAGCUCGACGGUGAGGAGCUCCAUCUCGACGAGCUCCCUGCCAUCACUCUUGCUCCCUCUCCCGCAGCUGACGAGACCCCGGCGGCAAAAAAGGUUUGCGUGGGGGCCCCUCCGUCUGCGCCUGGCCCCUCGGCACCAGCUAACAAUGUCCCUGUGGUUUUUGCUCCCGCCCCGACCGGCGCCGCGUCUGGCUCCCCUGCGGGCGUCCGUUUCUCUGCAAUCGCUGCUCCUUCUACGCCCUCUGUUCUAAACAGGCCCCCCAGCCCGACUACCCCCCUGGCUAGCGCCUCUCAGGGAGCUGGCAUCGUCUUGACGGCCCACGCUCCUGCUCCCGCGCCGACCCGCAACCUGCGUCGUCCGAGGCCCGGCCCUGUCAUGCCCCACCACCGCCUUGCAGUUGUCUCGCUGCUCAUGCCCGAGGCGGGCGCUGACGCCAUCCGCGCCGACCUCAUCGCUCGUAUCACCGCCAUGCUGAAGCCGCACUUUUUCCGCCGCGGUUCUGUCCCAGAGUUUGAAGUUGCCACCGGCGAGGCGCUCCGGGUCCCGCGCCGUGCCUACGCACGGCUCUGCUUCUCUUGGCCGACGGAGGAGGAGGCCGAUGACUUUAAGCGACUCUUCCCCCGUUCCAUCUCUCUGAAUUCCUCCCGCUCUGUGCUUCUGAAGGUGUUUGAGGACCGUAACCCGGGCUUCACAGCUGCCAAAGCCGGGGGAGCUGCCACGCUGUCGCUCCGUAACAUUCCCCCGGGGUACACCCCGGAGGAUGUCCGCGAUUUUCUGCUGAACGGUGCGGAUCCGUCCGAACCGGGCUGGCUCGCGGAUCUUCAGUUCUUUCAUCGCACGACCGAUCCGUACGAGGAGGUGUUCCUGUCCGUUUUCACCGGCAUCCCUCUCCCCCUCCCGGAUGACCCGUCGUUCUCCCGCAUCCCGGCGGUCAUCCCGUUUGAGGACGGCUCCCCUCCUGCCCUGCUCAAUGUUUCCACCCACGUGUGUGCCUUCUGCGGGAACAAGCAUCGUGACUCCGAUCACGAGACGUUCGCUUUCAAGCGCAAGCAGCGCCUGAACAACAAGGCUCAUAUCUGUGUUGCUCAGUUGCAGCAGACCAACGGUACGCCCUUCUGCCCUGCCCUCCCUUUCCCCUUUUCGCCCACUCACCUGCUUGUUUUCUGCUGCCCCCGGCUCUCUGUCUCUCUCGCCUCCAGUCUUGCAAUCGUUUCUUUUCCCCUGGCCACUUUGCUCUGCUCUGCGAUCGACAUGCUCCGUCCUUUCGACCCCCUCCUUGCUAUCUUCUGCCCCUAUACUGCUCCCCCUUGCCCCCUCCCCCCCUUUCCCCCCUUGCUCUCGAGGACUUCCAUCCUCUGGUCUCUGCUGGCCUUUCCCCUGUGUCCCCCGUUGCGAACCUCUCCAACCCAUUCUCCCCUCCCCUUACAUCCCCCCCCCCUUUCAUCGCCUUCCACCGCGUUGAUGCUGCAGAUUUCCAACUCUCAGCCCCCCCUCCCAUGUACUCGCCUUCCCGUGCUCUCCCACCAUGGGAUCCAUCCACAAGCCCCUUCUGUACAACCCCCCUCUGCCCCCUCCCGGGCCGCCCCCCCUGUACCUCACUGCCUUACGCUUACAUGGCUUCACUGUCUCACCCUCCUUGCGCCCUUCCUCCCUCGAUUUGCCUCUUCGCUACCUCCCCUUUCCCGCCCCGUUCUCCUUGCACUUCCCCCAUGGGCCUGCCCCCUCACUUUACACCCGCAACUCCAGCCCCUCUCUGCCUCCCUCGCUCGUGAUCACCUUCUGGCCUCUGGAUUUGGCAUGCUUUCCUCCUGUGCCCCCCACUGCCCUCUCCUCCCAUGCCUCCCCUUCCCCCCCCUCUUCGCAAUCAGGCUGCCUCUGACUCCUCAACCGCGGCCCUCCCUGACAGGCCUCUCUUUCCACACUCCCCCAAUACGCCCCUGCCCUGGCCCACGGCUCCCCUCUGUCACCUAUGCCCGCGCCUCUCCCUCACACAGGGCACCCCCGCCCUUUUGCUUUGGCUUAACUCACUUCUGUUCCCCCUCCGGGUCUGUCCCGUUUUCCUCCCCCCCUGCUUUCCCCAUGGCGGCCUUCUGGCCGCCCAUGCUUCGGCCCAUGGCCACUCUUACCUUCAUCGGCAGAACUUCAGUCCCCUCUGCCUCCCCCCAUUCUCUCUUUCUCCCCCUUGUUCCCCCCCCGCCAUCUCGCCUGCUCCCCAUCCAUACCGCCCCUCCUCUUCCCAGGUCAACUGCUCGGGGCACGCCCGGCUGCCAACGAAUUCCGCAAGGACCCUGGCCUCUUGCGCACACCUCCAACCUGCGCGCAGCUGCCAAGGGCCCUGCUGCGAAGGAAAAGUACAGCAACUGGAGGGCCCUUACGUUCCUGGAUAUCCCCUAG